AUGACCACCAUCCCCCACCCCCACGCCUCUCCCUCAACGCAGCAGCAGCAGCAACCCUACCCCCAGCUCAUCCUCUUCGGCGACAGCAUCACCCAAGGCGCUCACAGCACACUGAUCCCGCGCCUCUCCGAGCUCUACCUCCGCCGCGCCGACAUCAUCAACCGCGGUUUCUCCGGCUACAACACCAUCCAAGCAAUCCCACUCCUCCCCCUCCUCUUCCCCCCGUCCGGCCCAUCCCACCCGCGCAACCCAUCUCAACCCCGCGUCGCACUCCUGACGGUCUUCUUCGGCGCCAACGACGCCGUCCUCCCAGGCAACGCCCAACACGUCUCCCUAUCCCAGUACGCAACCCUCCUCCACCGCAUCGUCACCGACCCCGCCAUCCAGCAGCACGACACCAAGGUCCUCCUCCUAACCCCACCGCCAGUCGACGAGCACCAAUCCGCGCUCCCACUACAGCGCACCGCGGCCAACACCAAACUCUACGCCGACGCCUGCGCCGCCGUCGCGCACGACUUGCGUCUCCCGCUCGUGGACGUCUGGUCGACAUUCAUGCGGCAGGCCGGGUGGGAUCCCAGCGACUCUGGACCGUUGGUGGGCAGCAGGGAGGCUGAGCCAAGCACGGUGCUGCGCGAGCUGUUGAGCGACGGGCUGCAUUUGACCGAGAAAGGGUAUGCGGCUGUGUUCGAGGAGCUGUGGCGCGUGGUGAGGGAGGAGGUGCCGGAGAUGCUGCCGGAGCGGUUGCCGAUGGUGGUGCCGGAGUGGAAGGAGGUGAUGGGCGUGGAGGACUAG